CAGGUGGGUGCCGGCGGGCAGCGGAGCGGAGCCCGGGGAAGCGGGGCCGGCCGGGAGCCUGAGCUGCCGACAUGGUGCAGCAGGAGCCGGCCGGCGCGCCGGGGCCGGCGGUGGGGGAGGUCGCUGCUGCCACCGCCGAGGUGCGGCUGUCAUCGCGUCGCUGGGUCGUGGUGCUGCUCUUCAGCAGCUACUCCCUCUGCAACGCCUUCCAGUGGAUCCAGUACGGCAGCAUCAACAACGUCUUCAUGCACUUCUACAACGUGAGCUCCUUUGCCAUCGACUGGCUCUCCAUGAGCUACAUGCUCACUUACAUCCCCCUGCUCUUCCCCGUUGCCUGGCUGCUGGACAAGAGGGGCCUGCGCCUCAUCGCCCUGGCAGGCUCAGCCCUCAACGCUGCGGGUGCCUGGGUGAAGCUAGGCAGCCUGAAGCCGCACCUCUUCCCCGUCACUGUCCUGGGACAGGUAAUCUGUUCCAUGGCCCAGGUCUUCAUCCUGGGCAUGCCCUCGCGCAUCGCCUCUGUCUGGUUCGGCUCCCAUGAGGUCUCCACCGCUUGCUCCAUUGCUGUCUUUGGGAACCAGCUUGGCAUUGCUCUGGGCUUUCUGGUCCCUCCAGUUCUGGUUCCCAAUGUGGAGGAUGAGGAGAAACUGGCCUACCACAUCAGCAUCAUGUUCUUCAUGACUGCAGGCGUGGCAACAGCUCUAUUCAUCCUGGUUGUCAUAGUCUUCAAGGAGAAGCCCCCAAAUCCUCCGAGCCGAGCUCAGGCCUUGAUCCAGUUGAGACCACCAGAGGAGUAUUCCUACGUGAAGUCCAUCCUCCACUUGCUACGCAGUGCCAACUUUUUGCUGCUUGUUGUCACUUACGGUCUGAAUACAGGUUGUUUCUACGCCCUGUCCACUCUGCUGAACCGCAUGGUGAUCCAUCACUAUCCAGGGGAGGAGGUGAAUGCUGGCAGGAUUGGACUCACCAUUAUAGUGUCGGGGAUGGCUGGGGCUCUGAUCUCUGGCAUUUGGUUGGACAGAACCAAAACUUACAAACAGACAACACUAGUUGUCUAUAUCAUGUCUCUGGUGGGAAUGAUAGUCUACACCUUCACUCUGAGCCUAAACCACCUCUGGGUGGUCUUUGUGACUGCAGGCAUGCUGGGGUUUUUCAUGACAGGAUACCUUCCCGUAGGCUUUGAAUUUGCUGCAGAGUUGACAUACCCAGAAUCGGAAGGAACAUCAUCAGGGCUCCUUAAUGUCUCAGCACAGAUUUUUGGUAUUGCCUUCACCAUCGGCCAAGGGAAGAUCAUGGAUCACUUUGGGACAAAGGCAGGAAACCUCUUUCUUUGUUCCUUCAUGUUCUUGGGCACCAUUAUGACAGCAUUCAUUAAUGCCGAUCUCCGAAGACAACGGGCCAAUUUGGAUCUUGAACAGACAAGACUCCAAGGCAGCAAUCAGAUGGAUUAUGGGACUGUAGCUUGUAACCCUAACCCCAUCAAUUCCCAUUCCUGCUCACUAGCUCAUACACAAAGAAAGGGAUGUCAAAAGCCUGCACUGAUCCCAUAGUCCUCGAGGAAACAAAACUGUGAAAUGGAGGGGUGGCAGAGCCAGGAGAUGUAGGCCUCCCUCAUUCUCAUCUUUGCUGCCUAUACCAUCCUCCUGUUACAUAAACACCAUGGCAGGGGUGCAGCCUUGGGACACAAGUCCAGUAAACGGCUUGUGGAGAGUGUGAAAGAGCAAAAUAAGAAGAGUUGCUCUCUUUGGUUAUACUUCGGCAUCUUGCUGCUUUGGAGACUUUACUGCUUGGGAGGUGAAGCUGGGAAAGCCCUCAUCUUACCAUGUAUGCUUGGAAAGGAAAAAGCACACAUGGUGAGAAAAGCCAUGGUUCCAGGCUAGCCCUGAGCUCACGAGGUGGCAUCUGCACCUGACUGUUUCUCCUCCCACAGGUAAGCUGUGACAUGAAAUGCAGAAGCAGGACCACACUUACUCUGUGCACAAUCCUGGAAAAGCUGUCAUCUGUCACUCAGGAAGAGGGAUUGCUUUGCCUUGGUGCCUGUGAUGCUCUGUAUUGCACAGGUGGUGCUCUAUGUGCUUACUUUGCACAACACCAAUAAGUGCAAAGCAGUGCAUCUGCCAUUACCAGCUCUGGUUUUAUUAGGUGGCUGUCCUAGAUGAAGCAUUCUCACAUCUGUGCAUAAACCUCCACCCAGAAUUCACUGAGGUUGCCUUGAUGUUCCUAUGAGGAGUAAUGCAGAGAUACCAAUAUGCCUCCUUGUGACCUGUAGGCAAGGGCUAAUUCUGCAGCUUACGUUGAAGCUACAACUCAAGCCCAGCUCAACACUACACUAAACAACAGGAAGCAAACCACAAGCUCCCUGGGCUGAGGACUGUGUCUUUCUCCAUAAUGAAGUGCCUUUUGCAUGUUGCAACACUACGUAAAACCUUUUUUGAAGUGUUAGAUUGAAAUAACCAGCCAAGGCUGUGUUGUUCUUCACAGCCACAGAGAAGGGUUUGAAUAUUAUGGGAAUCCAGAUUUGCUCCAGUGUGGAAGCUUCCCACUGUUGGGAACAGAUACCCUCUUACCAGCAUUUGUGUCUCAUAGACACUGCCCUGCUGUAUGCUGCUGUUCUACAAAGAUAUGUAGAACCUUACAUUCCUUCUCCUUCCUUUCCAACAUCUAUCCACUGGUGAAGACCUCAAGUGUCCUUUACUCAAAUAAUGCAGUUAUGCAUUUAUCAUUUAGGGGUGAAACAACAGUUCAACAGCAAUGAGACACAAAACCUACAACCAUGUAAAAUGCAUACAAAUAAUCCUCUCUGACAUCAUUUUUGACAAAACAUUUUUUGAUGGUGACAUUACACAAUCUUUUGACACAUUAAAAAAAAUCAAGUCCUAUCUUUGAUAGUUUAGGAUUAAGGAUGGGGGUCUAAAAUGGCUUUUCAAUAGAAGUUUUUACAUGAAAUAAGAACAGUUGAAGUGUACAAUGAAAUCUGACACAUUCAUAUUAAAUAGGUGAAACAGUU